AUGGUUGACAAGGACUAUGCUGAAAUUAAUGCUUUAUCAAGCAUUUUCCCUGAAUCACAUAUCCUUUUGUGCUGGUAUCACGUCUUGCAGGCUGUUCAAAGAUGGUUAUCCAAAACAGAGUCUGGAGUGCAUGGACCUUCCAACUUGAACAUUAGGAAGGACAUCAUUUCUUUCUUUUGCAAACUGAAGGCCUGUAAAACUGAGGCAGAAUUUGAGACCACAGCCAAGAAGUUCAAAAAAAUGUUCAGACGACACCCAGCUGUGUGCCAGUACUUCACAAGACACUGGGAAGAGAUUGGUCACAUGUGGUCCGAUUACGGACGUUGCUUUGAGCAUUUGAACACUGAUACGAACAAUGUCAUUGAACGGUUUUUUUACAGGCUGAAAUAUCAGUUUCUUGGAGGCGUUAGGAAUCGGCGUAUAGAUGACCUUAUACAUGUCCUCCUUGAAAAAGCAGAAGACUACUUCACCAUAAUGAGGGACUUACAGUAUGCUGGGCGUGUGAAGAACAAAUUCAGCCAUCCCCCCUCUUUGCCGACAGAAGCAACAGCUGAAUGUGUGAACGACAGUUUGGCACCGAUCCCUUUACACAGUGCAGUGUCAUUGCCAACCUUAAACCUCAUCUUCUGGCACUGGCAUGACCUCAUCUACUGCCCUCACAGUCACCUCAUCUACCAGCAGCACCGUCACCUCAUCUUCCUGCCUCUCCAUUACCUCAUCUUCUGGACCCUCAUCGCUCCUGUUUUGUCCCUCUUCUCCAACUCCAUCUACAACUUUUCUCAUCUCUGA